UGCUCCUGGACACCUGUUACCAUGUGGUUCCUGAUCCUGUUCCUUGCCCUGUUCCUAGGAGGGAUUGAUGCUGCGCCUCCUGUCCAGUCUCGGAUUAUUGGGGGAUUUAACUGUGAGAAGAAUUCCCAACCCUGGCAUGUGGCUGUGUACCGAUUCGCCAGAUAUCAAUGUGGGGGUGUCCUGUUGGAUGCCAACUGGGUUCUCACGGCUGCCCACUGCUAUAAUGACAGGUACCAGGUUUGGUUGGGCAAAAACAACUUUUUCGAGGAUGAACCCUCUGCCCAGCACCGGCUUAUCAGCAAAGCCAUCCCUCACCCUGGCUUCAACAUGAGCCUCUUGAACAAAGACCACACCCCACAUUCUGAGGAUGACUACAGCAAUGAUCUGAUGCUGCUCCGCCUCAGUGAGACUGCUGAAAUCACAGAUGUUGUGAAGCCCAUAGACCUGCCCACUGAGGAGCCCACUGUAGGGAGCAGAUGCCUUGCCUCAGGCUGGGGCAGCAUUACACCCACCAAGUUCGAAUACCCAGAUGAUCUCCAGUGUGUGUACCUCGAGCUCUUGUCUAAUGAGGUCUGUGCCAAAGCCCACACAGAGAAGGUGACAGACACCAUGCUCAGUGCAGGAGAGAUGGAUGGAGGCAAAGACACUUGUGUGGGUGACUCAGGAGGCCCACUGAUCUGUGAUGGUGUUCUCCAAGGGAUCACAUUGUGGGGCUUUACCCCAUGUGGUACACCCAAAAUCCCAGGCAUAUACACCAAACUUAUUAAAUUCAAUGCCUGGAUAAAAGACAUUAUGGCAAAAAAAACCCUGAGUGUCACAUUGUACCCUAUUUUCAAUAAAACCUACCAUGCAGCAAAUAAGUUCAAGUUCUGA